UCUGCAUGUCUCUGCAUGCAGAGAAAGUAAGCAAAUUACUGGCAGAGGUAUUCGGCGCCUUUCUUGGAAGUCUCUAGAUUUGCAUCUAGAUCCCAAAUUAUGCUGGCUGGAUAGGGCACUGCACAAUAUGAAAAGACAGAGACUCUCAAAAGAUGUCAGGGGAAUUGCCCUUGCACAUCAACAUCAAGGACCCACAAUGGGACCAGAGUACCUUCAUGGGGAGAGCAAAGCAUUUCUUCACAGUGACGGAUCCCCGCAACCUUCUGCUUUCUAGCAAGACCCUGGAAGAGGCCCGGAGGGUGAUUGAGGAUUACAGGAUGGGAAAAGUGUCACCAGGCUUGACUGAGGAUCAGCUAUGGCAGGCAAAAUACAUCUACGACUCAGCUUUCCACCCGGACACAGGCGAGAAGAUGAUCCUGAUUGGACGUAUGUCUGCCCAGGUGCCCAUGAAUAUGACCAUCACUGGAUGCAUGCUCACCUUCUACAGAACAACACCUGCUGUGUUAUUCUGGCAAUGGGUGAAUCAAUCAUUUAAUGCCAUUGUCAACUAUACCAAUCGGAGUGGAGAUGCUCCCAUCACUGUCAACCAGUUGGGCACUGCAUACAUCAGCGCUACCACUGGAGCUGUAGUGACGGCCCUGGGACUCAAGUCCCUCACUAAGCAUUUGCCACCAAUUAUUGGACGCUUUGUGCCUUUUGCUGCUGUGGCAGCUGCUAACUGCAUCAACAUCCCGCUAAUGAGACAGAGGGAGUUAAAGUUUGGUAUCCCCAUUUUAGACGAGAAUGGGAACCGGCUGGGUGAGUCCAAGAAGGCAGCUCAGCAAGCAAUCAUGCAGGUUGUGGUGUCCCGUAUUGGCAUGGCUGUACCCGCCAUGGCCAUCCCUCCUGUGAUCAUGAAUGCACUAGAGAAGAGAGCUUUUUUGAAGCGGUACCCCUGGAUGAAUGCUCCUCUGCAGAUUGGACUGGUGGGUUUGUGCUUGGUGUUUGCUACGCCUCUGUGCUGUGCACUCUUCCCACAGAAAAGCUCAAUGAAGGUGAGUCACUUGGAACCUGAACUCCAAGCUCAGAUUGGAGAGAAAAACUCCAGCAUUGAGGUCGUCUAUUUUAACAAAGGGCUUUAAGAUAGGCUUCUUCAUAGUACCUGGUGCGGAGCAGACAGGACAGGAUGAAGAAGAACCAGGGAUCUGGUGCACCUCAUAAGGAAGUUACUGUUUGUAAUUGUAUAACUCCUUUGAAAUGCUGCUUUUUAAUUGGCUGUCACAUCUUGGCAGGUCCUGUGUGUUUGAUAUAACCUUCCUGGAUUCAGGUGAACUGUAGGGGUAGAUUGUAUUGUGGCAAUGUGGCUGUUGCUGUAAUGUAUACUCCCUGAACAAAGCAGAAACAUUCCAGUCAUGACCCAUUUAGGAGUCAGAGUUAGAAUCUUCAAGCAAACCCAGUCUCAAUAUUAUGCACAAUUCCAAAUUGGUGUGCAUGUGUGUUUAUAAUCCCUAUGAACCAAUAGAAAUUAUAUUUUUGAAAAAGGAGAAUCCAUAGACUGUAUUGAAUCCCACAAGAAUAGGUUACAAUGGGAAGGACAACUUGUUUUGGGGGGGGAUAUCUCAUGCUGAGGGCUAGAAAAACAGUGUGCACCAUACAUGUUUUUAUGAUAGCUAUAUUUUUGUAUUGAUUUUGUUCCAAAUCAUUUUAAUUUUCACAAACAAAAUAUGCUCGUACAAAAAUGGCUGUAUUCUUUUCAUACAGAGAUAUGGGGGAUCCUUUUACAGCAAAACCCCUUCCUCCUUGUAAGCAAAGCACACAUGUACAUGAAUAUAUUUACUUACAACUAUAAGACUACACAGCCUAUGGUGCAGUAUGAAGAUUAGUAAAGCAUGCAUAUUCAGAGCUUUAAUGGAAGCAAGCAAAUUAAAGUCACCUCAGGCUAUUUGUCUUGCUGGCACUGCAGUGAGGAACAUUAUGGUUUGCAUUGAAUGAGUUUAUCUAUGGAGUGCUUUUAGAUAAAAUACUGUCUGUUGUAUAAAAGAUUGGGUCAGAUGGUUGCUUCCAUUAUUAUAGGAUAUUCAAGUAAGUACACAGAUCUAAAGAUCAUUAUUUUAGCUCUAGUGAGUAUAUAUCUGGCUGAGAAAGAAAGCCAUAAGGUGUGACCAUCUGGCCAUCCUUCAGGUGAGUCAUGCCUUGUUGAUAAGAAGAAUCUAUCUAGAAUAAGAAAUCACCAUGUAACAAAAAUUGUAUUAUGAAAUAUAAUAAAUUAUAUUUUUAAUAUAUAUCUAUAUAUUACUUGAUCAUACAAAAUGCUCACCCAUCAUCCAUUCAUUAUGGAUCAACCAUGAUCCACAAAACUUUCACUACGGAAGAUAGCUUUUUCAUGGUGGAAUGCUAAGACACCUAAGGAACAGUCAUGCGUUGGUUAGAUUUCUUGGCAUUCCUCUAUGAAAAAGAAAGGAGAUAAAAGUUAUUUUCCAUGGUGAAAGUUUUGUGGAAUUUUAUGGCAACACUUAUUCCAAAAUCCCUCAGAGAAGCUACUGUAGCUCUUUGGAAGCCAGCACAGUGGAGAAGAACAGACAUUUGAAAUAGACUGUACAUUUUAUUCCAUCGGCUCAUAUCUGGAUUUUUGAAUAUUUUUCUCCUGCUAUAUGUUAACAUAUUUUGGAUCAUGGUUGUUCUAUAAUGAAUGAAGGAUGGGUAAGUCUUUUGUAUGAAUCAAAUAAUAUAUAGACAUAUAGACACAUACAUUGAAACUAUAAUUUAUUAUAUUUCAUAAUACAAUUUUUGUUACAUGGCGAUUUCUUAUUCUAGAUAGAUUCUUCUUUCUCCAUGGUUCCAGUUCUCUUUUUGCACCUUGUUUUGUUGACAAGAAGGGCUUUGCCCAAAGAGACCUAGGGUGGGCGGUAUACCUGUUUUAGGUUGGGUCAUUGUGUGGAAGAGCAAGCUUGGAAGUGCCACUGCUUAAAAUGAAAAGGACAAAUUUCUAAAAGCAUAGAGUUCUGCUGGAUCAGACCAAAGGCUUUUCAUGAUUGCCAACCAGAUGCCUCCUUAAAGUCCACAGACAGAGCUCCAGAGAAGCUGUAAUAACUCCAGUUUAAUACAGGCUGUCAUGAGCAUUGUGCUUUUCACCUAUCUCUAACUUGUGAAUUUUAUAAUGUUUUAGUUAAAAUACUGUUACAAGAUCCACGUGUUCUUUUAAAAAAAAAAUGUUAAUAGCACUACAGAAUGAUUAUGCUUUGUAUCAAGAUGGAUUGUAAAGGUUAAUAAGAAAUUUCAUAUCAUAGGUGUUUCAGAUGCAAGGCUUCUGAAGUAGUUAGGCUUAGGUGGCCCAAGACCAUAUAUAUGUCUGUGCCACUGUUCCUCUGUUGUAACUCCUUGCAUAUUGGCUUGUAUUCUUUCCCAUAAUUGUGAUGAAGCUGUUUGCAUGUUUUCCACAGAGUGUUUACUUCCAUCUCUUGAAAUUGUGCUCUGUGCUUUGGUUUGAGUUUUCCUGUUAAUAAGAACUUUACUUCCAAUAUCAUAAAGGUGGGAGACUGUCAGAUUCUAUAAAAGGACAUUGAAGUGAAGUUAGUACUUGUUUAAUGAGGUUCUAAUGUUCAUUUAAAAAAAAUAAUCCCAAACUGAGACACUAAUCCAAAUAGCAUGUAAAGUGGAAGUAUAAAUUGCCUGAGUAACAUGCAUUAUUUUGAGCUAUGUAUCAUAUGGAAAUUAACUGGAAAAAAUAUUCUUAAUCUGACCCUCAGAAACUAUAGGAUCACAAGUUGAGAGAGGGAAAGAUCAGUCUGUUUUUGCACAGGCCUCAUCUCCUUUUAUUAUUUCACUCUUCAGUCACUUUCACACUGAGAUCACUGACUGGUUGAAAUAGAAGGCAUGAGGAAAAAUACACAACACAGAUGUUUUUAAGCUGAAGUUGAUUUCUGUCAGUUCAGCAUGUUACUCUGGCUUUUCCUUCAGUUUAGGCAAAUGUAGUGGCAGUAGCCCUUCCCCCCAUUCAAAGUGCAUGAUGGUCUCUUCCAAAAUGAGAAAAGAAAUCUGUUUAAAUUCCCCCUCACACCACACAAUCUUCACCAGCACCUGUGACUAUGAACACAGAUCUUGUUGCACACAGUGGGCAUGUGCUUGUGCAAACAUGUGCAGCAAGUGAGAUUUCAAGUAUCUGAGCUUCAGGCAGAAAAUAUGUUAAAUCUGCUUUAAGCAUAAAUCGCAAUCUUCACUGCAUGUGGCUAUGAGUAAACAAUGCCCAUUAAUAUCUUUCCUACAAUACCUGUGCUCUACCAAAGUUUGUUCAUACUGAAGGCAUAGUUGAAUGGAAGUUCCUGGGUUCCUGAUGUGAUGUUUUUGUCAGAGCUAGAAGUGCAGUACUCAGUAUAUGCCCCCCUUCCUCCAAAUUGGUAGAAGGAUUUUUGCAAUAUUGCCCUAUGCUGAUAACAGUGCAUGCACUGUGUGAUCCCACAAUUCCUUCUGUCUGCCAUGUAGACCAAUGGCUCAAUGCAAGGAUCAUCUUAUUUGCCAUGUGGCAUGCACAGAAUCAGUGCAUCCGUUCUGCAACAGCAACUUCAGUGGAAUCUGCCCCGUUGCACCUUCAUGUGCUUUGAAAAGGCAAAGACAAAAAAACCCAAAAACAAAAGAAUGAAUAUUGCUGAUGGUUUAAAGGGAUAAAUCACUCCACGGAUAUAGAAGUAAACUUUCCUCUGACUAGUACUGUCCUGUAUAUUGUACAACACAGUUUCCAAUAUCAUUAGGGAAAAGCUCAGGUAGCUGAAACUAAGUUUGCCAUCAAGUUUACCAGUUGCAGGGUUACUUAAUAAAAUUCAUUAUAAUAGUCCUCCUUUCUGCCCCCCCCCCCCCAAAAUCUAAAAGAACCUGAUGUUUUUGAUGACACAUGUGUGCUUGUAAAAUGGGGUGAGAAAUGUAUGUAGCCAGUACUGACUUCCCACAAGACAGCUGAAGGUCAGCUGUUUAAUCCUGUUUUCUGUUCUUUUCAUCCCUGGAGCAAAUUACUUAUUUCAAUCAGAGCAAACCAGGCUGGGGUUGUUUGUUUGGUUCUUUAUAAAUGUCAUCUUUGCUGGAGGCUCAGGGGUUGCUAUGCGCUUUUUAUCCUGUUUACUCUUAACAAGACCUCAUCCAACUCUUUGAAGCUUAUGACAGAUUGAAUUGAUUUUUUGUACGAUUUUUUUGGUUAUGUUCAAAGCUUAUUUUACCAAAUUCAAAACUAUGUUACCAGGCAGGAAUCCACACUGAUUCCAUGUCAUACCUCCUGUGUAGCUUUAACUGCAGCAACAUAUUCCAAAUAAAGAGUAUAAUUUCUCUCUCUUGC